GGUGUGUGCAUGCCUUGAGGAUAACAAUGCGACAGCAUCAGUCUGUACGUCGGUCUCGAGCAAUAUCGAGGGACACACACACACACAACACACACACACAUGGAAGGCAAAGGGGCGGGGGUGUGCGAAGGCAUCAGGCAGGGGUAAUGCACCGUCAAAACAUCAUGACACGCGGUCAGGUCACACAGAGACGCACACACACAGACUUUUACUUUACAGGCUGCACACACGAACGCAUACACACACAUGGACAUGGUAUGAAUGCGUCCAUCCAUCCAUCAAUCCAUGCCAGCAAUCAUCCACACACUCUCAUCUCACUUUCUAAGGCACAAAUACUAAGGUCUCUCCCUCUCUCUCUCUCUCUCUCUCUUCUCUCUCUCUCGCACUCAACCAACAACCAGCCAGCAACAUCGGCCGGCCAUUGGCUUCAACAACAGCAAAAGCGACUCGACCCAGCCACCCCUCCAUCCAUCCCAUCGUAUACUUGUACUACAAAUACACACACGCGGUACGCCACCCCACACCCUCCUCUGUCUGCCCCAGCCAGACUGACCCGUCCUUACUUACUGAUGUCACCCGCCCCGCCCCGAUCGCUCACUCACUGCUGGCACCCAUUGUGGUUGUGGCUGUUCUUCUGCCGCCACGCGAGUGUCGUCUGCACCAGCUGCUUGAGCUGAUCGGGAGGCAGCCGAGCCCGCUCAAUCAGCUGCAUCAACCCGUCCUCCGUCAUGCCAUUCGACCACCCGCCCUCCUGCUGCUGCUGCUGCUGGUGGUGGUGGUGCUGCUGGUGGUGGUCUGUGUGCUGGUAGUCCAUGUGUGUGUGUGCGACGCCGUUGGUGUGUAUGUUGAUGUUGGUCGGGGGCGGAGGAAAGCCCGGAGGGGGCGGCAGCAUUCUGGCUGUGUACGGCACUGGUGCGGGAGGGGGAGGGGGCGCGGGGUGGUGGGUCUGCUCUGCGAAUGGCUGCACUGGCUGCUGCUGAGACUGGUGCUUGGAGGGGGCGGGGUAGCUGUCGCUGUGGUUGUGGUUGUGGGUGUGGGUGUGCAUGGUGCUGUUGAGCAUCUCUUGGUACUGGUCCUUGAGCUCGGCCAGCUGCUGGUCGCGCUGCGCCAGCUGCUUCGUCAGGCCCUGCACUUGCUGAAGCAAAGACAAAGGGGGAAAUGUGAACGAAUGGGGAUGUGUGUGCGUGCGUGUGUGUGUGUGUCUGUGCGUCCACCGAACCCAACUCACCUCCUCGAGUUUGUUGUCUCUGUCGGCCUGCUCGCGUCGCAUCUUGGCCAGCUCCUCCAUGACCAGUGUGGCCCGGCUGUUCUCCUACACACACACACACACACACACACGUAUACACAGAUUGAGCCAUCUCGCCUCUCCCUCUUGUCUUACCUCCUGUGAGUGCCAUAUGGCGUCGAAUGCCUCGUUGGUCUUGGUGUCGUAGCUCUUCUCCAGCACCCGCAGGCGCUGCUCGGUGCGGUCCACACGGGCCAUCACAUCGUCCUGACGACGCUCCACCUCGUUGUGCCGGACGCACAGCUGCAAACACACAGGAAGGCAGACGCACACAAAGAUAAGAUGGUGUCCGAACGCUUUGUUGUGUUGUGCACACCCUACCGCUUUGAGGUCGUCUCUGAGUUCUUUGGCCUCUAUCUCCAUCUCACGCUGCCACUUGAGGCGCGCCUUAGAGAAGCUCUCCUCCUGCACAUUGACACACCACACACACACACACACACACACACACAUAUGGAAUGGAUGGGUAAAUGGAUGGAUCGAGAGGUACACGCCCACUCACUCACCGCCUCGGCCACCCACCCCACCUGUGUCUUGGUGUUGGUCAUGUCGGCCUGCAUGGACGUCAGCUUAUCGGUCAGCGCCCCCACCUCACGGCAACAACGGCGCAACUCAUCCUCAAACUGAUCGAGCAUUGAUGAUUUGAAUGACCAUUUCAUGUCAUGUCAUGUCGGUAGGGCGUCGUCACCUCACCUCACCUUGUGCUGUUCCUUAGCGGUGUCGUGUACGGAGCCCUUCAGGUCAAUCAUGUCAACGUCCAUCUAAACACACACACACAGAUAGAAUGAGGGACGCCACACGCACAGCAUACACAAAUGCACUGCAUGCAGCACCGUGCACGUCUUGCUUGCUCACACUUCGCUGUCGGCUGAGUGAGUCGCCCACGCGUAUCUUGAAGAGGCGGAGCUCCUUGGCGAGCCGGUCGACGUCAUGAUCCAGCUUCAUCAGCAACUUGGGCGACAGCUUCGCCACCUGACGACACAUGCAUCCACACACAUGCAUCAUCGUCCAGCCACCCGUCUUGUCUUUUGCCACCCACCUCCGCCUCCUCUGACUCAUCCAUCCCGUCCUCCCCCUCCCCCUCAACACAUGCACCAGCAGCAGGGCCCUCGCACAGGCGGUCCGCGCUCGACGAAGGCGUCCGCUCCUCACCAGCCCCCUCAACGCUGGCAGUUUCCCCAUUGAGGGUCUCCUUAGUCUCAUCCCCGUGGUGGGAGGCCUGCGAUGCCGUCACGGUCAGUGACACGCUGUCCUCAUCGACCGCGGUGGCACUGCCGACGGUGGGCGUCACAGUGGCGGCGCAUCCGUCGGCACACAACUCCAACUUAUCGUCCAUGGGAGCAGCCAUGGCCAUCUUAAUCAACGCGGAAUGCACAGCAAACGA